CCCACAUACAAUGAAGGGAAUAUGCUUCCUCCUAACCGACUGACCCCCACCCAGUCAUCUCUUGUACAGUAUAUAAUCCUUCAUUUUGGAUUCACAAAAUCCAAUCAAUUAUCAAUCAAUACCAAAAGUUGUGUUUGUUCUGAGGAGGAGUGGCAAAUUAUUAGUUUUGCAGAAAAGAUGAAAUUCUGUAAGAUUUUGAAAGGGUCGAUCGAGCAGACGUUGCCGGAUUGGAGAGACAAGUUUUUGUGUUACAAGGAUUUGAAGAAACAGCUCAAAAUGAUCUAUCCCAAGGAGGGUACUACUGAUGCUGGAAGGCCAACCAAAAGGGUAAAAUUGGGACCUUUGGUGGAUCAUGAUGAUGAUGAUGAUGAGGCGGUUGUAGAGACCAAGGAGGUUGUGGAUUUUGUGAAGCUUUUGGAAAAGGAGAUUAUCAAGUUUAAUGCUUUCUUUAUGGACAAAGAAGAAGAGUAUGUUAUCCAAUCAGGGGUUUUAAAAGAACGGGUCAAAGAGGCCAGGUCUUCGAAGGUAGAGCUGUUUCGAGUAGGGCAACAGAUAGUUGAUUUCUACGGGGAGGUUGUCCUAUUGGAAAAUUAUAGUGUCCUUAAUUACACUGGAUUAGCAAAGAUUUUAAAGAAAUAUGACAAGCGAAGUGGUGCAAUUACCCGCGUGCCUUUCAUUCAAAAGGUUCUCCAAGAACCGUUUGUUAGAUUUGAUGUUCUAAAUAAACUUGUGAAGGAGUGCGAGACAAUGUGGGAUCACCUGUUCUCCCUGAAUGGCCGAUCAGCACCACCAACCGAGGCGGUAACAGCUGAAACAAACGAAAGCUCUAAAGAAAGUUCUAGCACCCUUCAAAUUCCCGAGGAUCUUACAGAAAUCGAGCAUAUGGAGAACACCUACUUGAGACUUACUGCCUCAGCCUAUCAGGUACUGAAGCAAAUUCGCAGUGGAAGUUCUACCGUAGGCGUGUUUUCUUUGCCACCUAUGCAAACAAAUAACGAGUUGGAAGAAGUUUGGAGGAGAAUCCAUGUCGUUGAACAAGAAGCAAAGUAACAAAAGACAUUCUACUACUCUUUAACUAUUUAUGAAACGAAACCCUUGGUUGUAUUUUUAGCUUUUUCUGGUUUUCCUUCUCUGUAAUAUAGCAGUAAUCUUGGAGCUCUACCCUUUAGAAAAGAGAUGUAUCAGUGGUCUAAUGAUGGUUUUUGUAUAUUUUUGUUGUAGACAGAAUAUGAGCUUUACUUUUGCUGGCCAAACUGUGUGUUAUGGACGGAAUGCAUAAGCCUUUCAGUUUAAAUGAGAAUGUAUGUGUUUGUAUCCUCCAAUACUCGGUGGC